GAUACGUCAACCUGAAUGCAUUUGCCGGCCAAGAGCGGUUUGGCUUUCGAACGUCCUCCUUCAUUUACCCUCAACUCCUUCUUCCCCGGGUUGCUAACACCAUUGAGACUGAGACUCCUCCCUCUCCACCCGGGGGUGCGCGUCCAUAGCUUUCCGUUUGGCGGGGGCGCGCCCGCACUCUUUCACCAGGAUUGCCGGCUGCUUGCACUGCGACUGCGUGCGCGGCGUCGAGCGCCCACAGGCUUUGUAGUGCGCCUUCUCGGAGAGAGGGGUUUGCGUGUCUGUGGGCGACAGGAGGCAGCGGCGGGCAGUGCCAUGUUGUCCGCUCCUUUUCGGGCCGUCUUUGCACGUUCGGUGACAAAGAUUCGCUGUCUUCAUGCAACAGCUGCACGCAAUGGUGGUGGAGGAGCGUUGUUUGUGCACAGAGAUACUCCUGAAAACAACCCAAGUACUCCAUUUGAUUUUACACCUGAAAACUAUAAGAGAAUAGAGGCAAUAGUAAACAACUACCCAGAGGGACACAGAUCUGCAGCAGUGAUUCCAGUCCUGGAUCUAGCCCAAAGACAGAAUGGAUGGCUACCUAUAUCAGCGAUGAAUAAGGUUGCUGAGGUUCUACAGAUGCCUCCCAUGAGAGUUUAUGAAGUAGCAACCUUUUAUACAAUGUAUAAUCGCAAACCUGUUGGAAAAUACCAUAUUCAGGUCUGCACCACCACGCCUUGCAUGUUGCAAGACUCAGAUAGCAUAUUAGAAGCUAUUCAGAAGAAGCUUGGUAUAAAAGUUGGAGAAACAACACCUGACAAACUCUUCACACUGAUUGAAGUGGAAUGCUUGGGGGCUUGUGUAAAUGCGCCAAUGGUACAAAUAAAUGAUAACUAUUAUGAAGAUCUGACAACAAAAGACAUUGAAGACAUAAUUGAUGAACUAAAAGCUGGAAAAGUUCCAAAACCUGGACCAAGGAGUGGACGCUUCUCUUGUGAGCCAGCUGGUGGUCUCACUUCUCUGACAGAACCACCCAAGGGACCUGGUUUUGGAGUUCGGUCAGACCUUUAAGACUGUUCUAGCUGUAAGAAACUGCUUCAGAAAAUAAAAUCUGAACUGCAUACAGAUGAAAACAUGACUUCGGUUGUAAACAAAUAUUGCAUAAUUUUCUUUGGCACAAUUACUGACAACAAGUAUUGGAGACAUAACACCUGCAAUUAAAAUUAGUUUUAUUAUUUACAUUUAUUUAUUUUGUUAGCCAAAUAGAAAAAGCAAGAAUCAUCCCAAAAUCAUCGCUAUUCUAACCCCAAAUAAGAUCAUCUUAACAAGUUAAGAAAAAAGUGUUACAGCAGCUUUUAUAUAAUAGAGAUACGUGUAUAAAUUAUAUAAAUAAAAUGAGCAAACAUGCAGAAAGUGAAUUUUGGGAAAGAGGAGGGGGCAGAGGAAAGUAGGAUAUCAGCAAAGACCACACUGCUUUGCAAGUGGAAUGUAUAGGGCAUGGGUAGCUAAUUUGUGUCCCUCCAGACACUGUUGAACUUUGGGGAUAGUGAGAAUUGUAGCCCAGCAACACCCAGAGGGCCAAUCCUGGUCUAGGGCUUUAUUAGUCCAAGUUAGUUGUACCAAAUAGAAGUUUCAGGUACCCCAUCAUGUGUAGGUAGCUGUGUAUGGUACUGAUGUCACUUACCCACUGGGUACAGUGAGGGGAGAGAAGUUUUAAGUACCACAGAAUUAACGUCUGGGCUACUAACGUUGAGGUCUGCAAAUUUAAAAAAUGCUUUGUUUAAUGCAUAAUGUAAGAUAACUGUUGAAUGAGAAUUGUAAUGCUGCAGCAGCAAGAUAAAUCCUAGUUUCUAUUUAUGCCAAGCUGUGUAAUUUUGGGAUAGUCCCGUAAUUUAUGAACAGUAUUGAUGCAUUCAACAGCACUAACAUAUAAUUUGCUAAAUCCAGUUAGCAGAACAUAAUGUGAUACCAAUGCAAAUGCAGUUUCAUUCCCUUGAAUAAACUUUAAAUGCCAGUUUAGUGUAGCUGAUCUAACAAAAUGAAAAAGUUUGAUAUAACAUACAAGCUCUCAAACUCCAGAGAGACAGAACUACUGCCCCAGGCCCGAAUUUAGAUUUUCUUACUCAGGAAUAAAUACCACAUUAUUUAGUGGGACUAACUUCUAAGUAAAUAUGUUAAUUUAAAACAAUACAGAAUUUGUGGAAGUUUAAAUUGUUUACUCGUUUUAGAAGAUGUGAUGGUGCAUUACUUAUUUAAUGACAUACUUUGCUCAUUUUACAUGUAGAAUCGCAGUACAAUAUAACGUGAGAAAAAAUGAAAAGUAGAAUAUAAAAGAUAGUUUGAAGACAUUUUUGUUCCAAUAGCUUCUCCCAGCUAGAUGAAUAGAUCUCUGCCAUGAGUUGAGUACUUUGUAUUUUUUGUGUAUGUAUAAUUUUAUUUUAUUUAUUAAAUUUAUUAGUUGCCCAUCUGGCUGGUUAUCCAGCUACUCUGGGCGACGUACAACAUAAAAACAUACAAAUUACAUUAAAACAUUAAAAAAAACUCAAACAAUA